CGCGUGUAUGCUAGCAUCAACAGUUCAGAAGCACUUGGAGGUGGCGGGGCUGUCAUGGUUAGCAGCAGGAGUCUGCUAAUUGUAAGUGAAUGGUGGGCAGGGCUGGAGUGCCUUAAGCUGUCACGACCGUGUGUCAUGUCUGUCAUUGCAGUUCCCUCUGACUUUUGAGGAUGUUGCCAUCUACUUCUCAGAGCAGGAGUGGCGGCAUCUGGCGGCCUCGCAGAAGCAGCUUUAUAGAAACGUAAUGCGAGCCAAUUACGAGACGCUUGUCUCUCUAGAUAGUGGACUUCCCAAACCGGAACUAAUAUCCUGGAUUGAACAGGAGGGAGAGCUGUCCGGAAGUUCUGAAGAGUCGCAGAAACCAGAAAGCAUCAUUCACUCCUCCACCAAUCCACAUGUCAAUGCAGCAACUGAGGGACAGUCGCUUUGCGUUUCAGGAAGCCAGCAGCCUGUGAGCUCAGGAGAAAUUAAAUGCCAUUUCCGGUCAGACCCGCUUCAGAGUCAGCAUUCUUUCAGGCUCAUGUCAGCAGACAGGGAAGAUGUUUCCUUCGAGCUUGCCCAAGGCUCCACGAAGGCAGAGACCAAGAAUCUACGGAGACAUAGCCCAGGUGAUGCUAAGGCAGCAGUCCACGGCCCCGGGAGAUGUCUCCCCAGAGAAGGACUCCCAGGUCGCAGAGCGCUGGGGCUGUCCCGGGAGGGCCCCGAGCGCCCCUGCCCUGACUGCGGGGAAAGCUGUGGCAAGAAGGAGCAUUUAGUGAAGCACCAGAGGAGCCACUCCGACCACCUGCCACAUAAGGCCUUGACGUGCAGCACACGAGCUGGGCCACAGCAGCAGCAGGACAGCGUCCCCCGGCCAGAGAGGCACUUCCGGUGCCAGGAGUGCGGGGAGAGCUUCCGCCUGACGCAGUAUCUGCUGAGACAUCUGACUGCCCGCUCUAGGACGAGGCCAUUCCAGUGUCCUGAAUGCAAAAUGUGCUUCUGCCACAAGCGGACCCUUCUCAGCCACCGCCUCACGCACAAGGGGGAGAGGGCUGUCCAGCUUCCCGCGUGUGGCAAGAGUUUCCGCCUGAGGAGCAAUGCGCAGGCGCAGCCAUGCCUGCCCGGCACAGCGAGGCCGGGGCCCUGGAAAGGAGGCCGCAGGGCCGUCACCAGUGUACGACCAGGACAAAAGCUAGGCCCACGCGUGGACUGUGAGGAGCCCUGCCAUGGGGAAGUGGGCGCGGAGGCCCCGCAGCGCAGGUGUGGCAGACAGCAGCCCUGCGCUUGCCCUGAGUGCUGCAGGGGCUUCUCCACGCGCGCCAAGCUCGCAGGACACUUGGCACACUUGGGAGAAAAGCCCCGCCCGUGUCCAGGACGCGGCAGGUGCUUCCGCAUGCGUGGACGCGGUGGGGAACGGCGCAUCUCCUGCCGGAAGCGUGGCACAGGCUUCCCCGGAGAGAAGCCUUUCCUGUGUGCCCAGUGUGACAGGAGCUUCCGCCAACGGGGGCAGCUGCUGAGGCACCAGCGGCUGCACACGGAGAAGCCCUUCCGGUGCCUGGAGUGUGGGCAGAGCUUUCGUCUGAAGGGCAUGCUGAGAACCCACCGGCUCCGGCACGGCGGAGAAAGGCCGUUCUCUUGCGGAGAGUGUGGCAGGGGCUUCACGCACCAGUGCAAGCUGCGCGAGCACCUCAGGGUGCACAGUGGCGAGAGGCCCUUCCGGUGCCCGGAGUGCGACAAGAGCUUCCGACUGAAGGGCAUCCUCAAGGCCCACCUGCGCACUCACAGCAAGGAGCGGCCCUUCUCGUGCGGGGAGUGUGGCAAGGGCUUCACCAGGCAGUCCAAGCUCACCGAGCAUUUCCGCGUCCACAGCGGGGAGAGGCCCUUCCCGUGCCCGCAGUGCGAGCGGAGCUUCCGCCUGAAAGGGCAGCUGCUGAGCCACCAGCGCCUGCACACCGGGGAGAGGCCCUUCCAGUGCCCGGAGUGCGGCAAGAGCUACCGCGUGAAAGCCGACAUGAAGGCCCACCAGCUGCUGCACAGCGGCAAGAUGCCCUUCUCCUGUGAGUGUGGCAAGGGCUUUGCCAAACAGUCCAAGCUCAUCGAACACAUCAGGACGCACACGGGAGAGAAGCCCUUCCAGUGUCCCAAGUGUGACAAGAGCUUCCGUCUGAAGGCCCAGCUGCUUAGCCACCAGGGCCUGCACACAGGGGAGAGACCUUUCCACUGCCCUGAGUGUGAUAAAAACUUCCGGGAGAGAGGCCACAUGCUUCGGCACCAGCGCAUCCACAGGCCUGACAGGCCCUUCGCCUGCGGGGACUGUGGGAAGGGCUUCAUCUAUAAAUCCAAAUUGGCUGAGCACGCCAGAGUGCACGCCAAAUCCUUCCGUCCUCCAGCCCAGCCUGACGUGAAGGAAAGGCUUAGCCAGUUGUUUGCGAUGAUUGAAGCUGACUGGAGCUGAGGGAACAUAACCCAGCAGAACAGUCCAGGAGGGCUCGACGCAGUAACCUAAUGGCUAAAGUCUUCACCCUGCAUGAGCUAGAAUCCCAUAUGGCACUAGUUCA